AUGAAUUGCAUCUUAGCAAGAUUAAAUGCUUGCCUGAAGUCUCAGCUAAUGCUGAAGCACUCUUUCACAGUUGGACUAGGGGCCAGCAGAAUAGAAACACUUUCUCUCAAGGCAUGUCUCCAACAGAACUUUUCACCUUUGUUUUUAAGGCCUAGGACUUUCUCAUCAUUUCCAGUGUGUAUGAGCAAGACACAAUACUAUCAUACUUCCCCAUGCAGCUUUAAGAAGAAGCAGAAGGAAGAAGUGCUUCCAGCCAGGCCACCGAAAACUAUCACAUUCCUGCCUGACAGCCCAAAGCCAGCAUUAUACAUCUCUCUGGCCGGACUAAUCCCCUUCCUUGCUCCACCAUUGAUCAUGGUGAUGACAAAGACUUACAUCCCAGCAUUAGCUUUUACUCAGAUGGCUUAUGGAGCCAGUUACCUAUCUUUCUUGGGAGGGAUUAGAUGGGGUUUUGUUCUGCCAGAAGGUAGUCCAGCCAAACCAGAUUACCUCAAUUUAGCUAGUAGUACAGCUCCUGUCCUGUUUUCAUGGUUUGCCUUCCUUUUUUCCGAAAGGCUCAGUGAAGCUAUAGUCACAGUAAUAAUAGGUUUGGGGAUAGCAUUACAUAAUGAAUUUUUUCUUUUGCCAGAUUAUCCCAAAUGGUUCAAAGCCCUGAGGAUAGUAGCCACUUUGGUGGCCUUUUUAUCAUUUGUAAUCACUUUAUUACUUAAAAAUAUUUAUCCAGAGAAAGGACCACAGAGACCUGGUCAAGUAGAAUAA